UUCAGACAAAUGGCUGUCCAGUCUCUUCUUAAAAACGUUCAGUGUUGGAACAUUCACAGCUUCUGGAGGCAGGUGGUUCUGGAAGCAAUUCUGUUAUAAUGUUGACUGCCGUCUGAAGACCUUGUUGAAAUUUUGAUUGAGGAACCUGAUGCCUCAAGAUUCCUUCCUCUCUCCUCUGCAGCCCGAGCCAACUUCUUUUGGCUACUACCAAAGUGGAAGGUUGUGUUGUUUCACACACUUCCUACGUUCCCAAAUGGGUAGGAAGUGCUAGUGGUGAUUUUAUUGAGCCGUUUUCCUAAUAUGGCGAAAAUAUGAGAGACUCGUUGUGUUUUGGACUCAACCCUGGAAGCCAGAGGGAAGCAAGCAUGCAUUAAAAUAAUAUUCAUUCCUAGCCAACUCUGACUCAAUCCAAAAAGAUAUCGGCAACAUUUUUUUAGCAAAUUCCAAAACAGUUAAUUUCUGGGUUUUGCUUUCAUUUCUGCAGGUAAUCCUGGACUUACAACAACAGCUAGGACUGGCCCUUUUGUUGUUAAGCAAUGUGACUGUUAAUGAGUCAUACCUGAUUGACAAGCUUUUGUGCCUUAAUCAGGAAUCGUCAUUUAUUCAUUGUGAAAUGGAUCUGGCUUCUCCCGUGGACUGGGAAGAUUGCAAAUGGUGAUCACUAUCAUUAAUAUAUCCCAGUUGCCAAGCGACUGAAUUCUGGUCAACGAUCGUGGAGACACUGCGCCGGUUUUGUAGCAUGGAGCCCACAUUCCAGUGUCUUAAAGUCAUCACUUUGAAAAGAGACUCCAGACUGGAAGAUCUCCAAGGUCUCUUUCAGCUCUAUUAUUCUACGUUCUGCAAAUAAGCUCUUUUGACCAUCUACUUACGAAAGAAUUUAUCACGUUUUCUCCUCUAGUAAACAAAGAUCCUGGAAGAUUCAGCAGACACAAGGCGCGAAUGAUUUCGUGAUAUAAACCUAUUCUGCCAAAAGUUGAUCUGCGCGUCCUGGGAAGAAAAGCUAUUUAUUUCUCGCCAUCUGCUGAAGCAGGAGAGAGGGACAGAGGCGGUGAAACCAUGCUUUACACCGUGUCUCUUUUUUUACUUUUCACAUUCAACCAUGGAGACUUGGAAUAACAGAACUGGAAGGUCUUCAAACGCCUAUUCAAGCAAGAAGCCCUACACCAUUUCAGACAAACGGUUGUCCAAUCUCUUCUUUAAAACCUCCAGUGUUGGCGCAUCCACAACUUUUGGAGUUGCAGCUGGUCCUGCUGCUGACCACCAGGGAACCUCAGAGCAAGAUGACUGGUGUGAUGAUCCCAGCACUAUUCACAAGCGUUUGGAUACUGUUCAAGAGCAACUGGAAAAAACAGUUGAACAUUUGGACUCCGAAGUCAAGUCAUUGCUCAACGAUGUUAGUGAAACUGCGUGGACCAAGCCACUUGCUCCUGGGACCCCACUGGUGGAUCUCUUCGAAGAUCCUAGUUGAGCUUCCAGUCGAUGGGCUGAAAAUCCAGAUUGUGAACUUUUACUUCAGCAGAGUCAGCCUUCCCAGUUGCCUUUUGAUAUUGCCUCAGCCUUGAAACCCAGCUGGUCUAUAAAGUGUUGUGAUGGACAGCAGCAUUGAGUAAACAUUUGUCAUGUCAGUUGAAAGCAUGUCCGUAGGUGCAUGUUAGACGAAGCAAGGUGGGCCUUGAUCAGUCCUUCCACAGGAGACCGAUAAAACUAGAUUGGGAAGUUGAAAAUUAAAAAAAAAUAAAUCUCCAAAGGCUGGGAUUUUA